GCUGUGCUACUCUCUGCUCCUACGCUGACUGUCGUCCACGCUGUGUCAACAGCUGAAUUGUUUCUUAAGCAGCCAAACUUUUCCUCAAGUUGUGCACUCUCUGCAGACAUCACAAGCUCUGCCACCAAUAUGGAGUCUGCUAAAACAGAGCUGCCCUCCCUGCUGUCCAAUCAGUCAUUGCAGAGCUGUGUGGCAGUGGAGACGACCACCGAGAACAUGCUCUUCGGAUGCUUCUACAUCCUGGUUUUCUUUCUGGCGCUGAACGGUAACAGCCUGGCUCUCUGGAUCUUCUCUCACCAGCGUGGCGCUUCCUCUCCAGCUAACGUCUUCUUGAUUCAUCUGGCUGUGGCAGACUUGUCAUACGUGAUCAUCCUCCCGCUGAGGGCCACAUACCACCUCACUGGAGGCCACUGGCCCUUUGGGGAGGUGCCCUGCAGAUUGGCAGGCUUUUUGUUUUAUGUCAACAUGUAUGCCAGCCUGUACUUUCUGGCCUGUGUGGCAGGGGACCGUUACCUGGCUGUGGUUCAUGCUGUGAGGUCGCUGAAGGUUCGCCGUGCUCGUUAUGCUCACAUCAUCAGCUUCUCUCUUUGGGCCCUGGUUACCAUCUCCAUGGCGCCACUACUAGUCACCCACCAGACUGCAGAAGUGGACGGCAUGACAGUGUGUUUGCAGCUGUACAGAGAGAAAGCCUCACGCAAUGCACUGAUCUCACUUGCCGUGGCCUUCACCCCACCUUUCCUGGCCACCCUGUCCUGUUACCUGCUCAUCAUUCACAGCCUGCAUGGGGGCUCCAGGUUAGAGCCAGCCCUCAAGCUGAGAGCCCUGCGCACCAUUGGUCUGGUCAUGCUUAUCUAUGUAGUGUGUUUCCUGCCUUAUCAUGUGAGCAGGGCCACCUUCAUCCUGGGCUACAACCACCCUGACAUCUCCUGCCAGACACGCAGAGGCCUGAGCUUGGCUAACCGCCUCACCUCCUCCCUCACAUGCCUGAACGGUGCCAUGGACCCGCUGAUCUACCUGUUUGGGGCGGAAAAGUUCCGUGGCACACUGAUGCGAUUGUUUUGCAAAGAUAAGGCAGUGGCGUCAGGGGCCACCAGUGCAGAGUUAAAGGGAACACACGAGAGCUCUGUCAGUGCCAAGUCUGAGUUUUGAGGAAGAGAAUUUUGAACUCAAUCUGGAACGCUGUGUGAACUACAUAUUUUCCCAACACAACCAAAACUGUUCCUCCUAUUGACUGAUUGUUAUCUUUGUCAAACUGAGGGCUCUCAUUAAUUGGGCUCAUUUCACGAUGUGGUCAAUGUGCCAUAAUGCCAAUGUUACACUUAGCCUGACUUUGAGGCCACCCUAUGCACUAAUCAGUCAACCCUGACAGACUCUGAAAUUUCCCCUUUAUGAUCACUAUAAGUGCCUGAGUACAGGAAGGGUGUAACAACUCUAAUUUGCAUAUAAAGAAAGUGACAGUGCUUUGUAAGGCUCAUUUUUGCAGAUAUUGUGUUACUGGAUAUGACUAAAGGAUAUUUUUCUUACUGUCAACAACUCUCAUAUGCAGAGCCAAACCA